GGAUACUCCCGUAGCUACCUACCUUCCUUCACGAUUCCUAAGCUCUCUCCAGAAUAUCAACUACGCACAAGAGACUACAAUAUGGCAACGGACGAGGUUGACGGCGCCGUCCCACGGUGGAAAUAUCUAGAUCGGAUUCGCAGAACCCCUGGUCCUUUCAAUCAAGACUCCGAAAUUAGCGAAGAAGCUCUCGCAGCACUGGAUCAGGCUAAGAUCUUGGUCAUCGGUGCUGGUGGUCUUGGAUGUGAAAUACUAAAGAAUCUCGCUCUAUCCGGCUUCAAGGAUAUUCACGUCAUAGACAUGGACACCAUCGAUAUCUCGAACCUCAACCGUCAGUUCCUCUUUCGACAAGACGAUGUAGGAAAGUUCAAGGCAGAAGUCGCCGCCAAAUUUGUCGAGAAGCGAGUCAAAGGUGUCAAGAUCACACCACACAACUGCCGAAUACAGGAAUUUGACGAGGACUUUUACAUGCAAUUCCAAAUUGUGGUAUGUGGCCUUGACAGCAUCGAAGCGAGACGAUGGAUCAACGCGACCCUUGUGAAUAUGGUUGAUAUGGAAGAUCAAGAUUCUCUGAAACCACUCAUCGACGGCGGAACGGAAGGAUUCAAAGGCCAAACAAGAGUCGUAUUACCCACCAUGACACCAUGUAUCGAAUGUCAAUUAGAUCUAUAUACCCCAAGAGCUGCCGUACCGUUAUGUACCUUGGCCACUAUCCCACGCCAACCAGAGCACUGCAUAGAAUGGGCCCACAUCAUCGCAUGGGAACAAGAUAAGCCGUUCCCGAGCCUAGACAAGGACGAUCCUGAACAUAUUACCUGGCUCUACCAGAAAGCGCUCACACGUGCCCAAGAAUUCGGUAUUGCCGGUGUCACAUACUCACUUACCCAGGGUGUCGUCAAGAAUAUCAUUCCAGCAAUAGCCUCUACCAACGCUGUCAUAGCUGCCAGCUGCUGCAAUGAAGCUUUAAAACUUGCCACCACGGCAGCACCAUGCCUCGGGCUCCAGCCAGAGAGCUACAUGAUGUACUCUGGCGACGAUAGUAUCUACACGAACACAUUCAAGUACGAGAAGAAGGAAGACUGCGCCGUAUGCGGUGACUUGGCCAAGCCACUAGAGGCCGACCCUAGUUGGACGCUCAGAGAACUCCUCGAUUCAUUCGCGACGAAAGCAGAUCUUCAAUUAAAAAAGCCUUCUAUUAGAGCAGAAGGCAAGACGCUAUACAUGCAAUUCCCACCAAGCAUCGAAGAACAGACACGGCCAAACUUAGACAAGACCUUGAAGGAGGGCCUAGGCCUAGAUGUAAAUCACGAAGUUGUCGUGACGGACCCGGCCUUCCCAGCGUUGAUCUUUAGAUUUAUUCUCCGUUUCGCAUGAGCAAGAGAGUUUAUGGAAAUUAUACCAAAGUUCAUACCUGCAUAGAUAGGAAGGACUAGACUUCGUCUUUAAAGUCAACGUGGACGUGAAUAAGUUGGUCCUCUCCUGUCCUGUACUUGACCAGUCAUGCAAAUGAGUCGUGAACGAAACUGCUCCACCAAGCUCAGUUUUAUAUCUCAGAGCCCAGGUAUAGAAUAUAUCUUUAUUUCUCAACUACGGCCGACAUUGACAAGCAAGCAGAAAUGCCUGUCAUGGAUCUAUGCUGUUCCUCUCCAGGAAUCACCCAAUUAUCUUACCUCAUCGUACCGUAUCUCUAUAUACACGUUGCAAGUAAAAUAGACCUUUGUUGAAUUUUUAACUGCAUGUCUCGGGUCAUGGAAUAGCAUCAAACGACAAGAUCAUAAAGCUAG